AUGCUCAAACCACAGAGUGAUGAGGAGGCCACGGUGAAUGCCACGAGAGCAAGGAGUUCCAGGAGACGCCUUGCUGCCACCUCGUUCCUCCCGGAGCUGCUCGUCGUGUGGGAGAUCCUCGUCCGCCUCCCGGCGGCGGCGCUUCUCCGCUGCCGCGCGGUCUGCCGCUCCUGGCGCGACCUCACCUCCACCUCCGAAUUCCUCCUCGCCCACCACCUGCGCCAGCCGUCGCUCCCGCUCGUCUCCUUCUGCGGCGAGAUCGACGCCUGCCGAAGAAACGUCGACGCCGGCCUCGACGCCUUGGACUUCCGGCGACGCCCCGCCGAGCGCCGCCCUGUGCUCCGCUUCAGCGACUACAGCCGCCGCGGCAGCUUCAAGGUCCACGCCUCCUGCGACGGCCUGCUGCUGCUGUCCCUCUCCAAUAAUACCUUCUACAUCUGCAACCCGGCCACGCGCCAGUGGACCACACUGCCCAGCCUCCAUGGCGGCGUCGCGGGGCUCUACCGGCACAGCUCGUCGGGCGAGUACCGCAUCUUGUACAAGCAGUGGACAGAUGAGGAUGAUUUCGUCUGCUACUACGUCCGCACCGUGGCCUCCUCCGCGAAGCCAACGGCCAGGCGGAUGUCUUGUCCAACCGUUGGCAAUUCGCCACGGGCGAAUCUGUUUGAGAUGGACGGCACGCUUGGCAUCAGCCCUGCUGAUGAGAGCAGCAUGGUACUGAAGCUAUGGGUGCUGCAGGACUACGAGACGGAGGCGUGGUCACUCAAGUACCGGAUCCGACUUCCAAUAAUUGAGGUGAAAAGGACUCCUUACGCUAGGCCGCCGCAGUACAGUUUCAACGGGGUCCUUGUGUCCAAGGAAGGGGAUGUGCUGUUCUGGUCCGACGACCGUUCUCGUGGUCACCUUUUUCACUGCGACAGCAAGGGCAAGUUGCUUCAGAAGCUCCAUGGGGAUCAUGUGUCUUCAGGUGUUAGUGGACAGUGGUUCAAAGAAAGCCUCGUCAGGCAUGACUUCUUCGAGAGGCAAGAUGGCUGUCGCCGUCGCCGCGUGAGCCAGCCGCGGUUCUUUUCAGGACUCUAG